CAGCAAAAUCUCGGUCUUCAUAAACGUUGUAAACCUCCUACCAAAGCGAGGACUAGGGUUAAGGUUGCGAGGCAGGAAGGGACCGACUCCGUCUGCGCUUUUUGCCGCCGGGGACUGUUAUAUCAUCAGCACCACCCUUAACGGCGCCAUGCUCGAAUAUAAGUCCAUGAAACCGGAGGUCUUUACCUCGACAGUCUGUUAAAGUCCCGAAUAUUUGAGGGAAAGACUAGGAAGAUGUGUUCAGUUUACUGAAGUAAAGGAACUUGGAUUUUCUAGUUGUUUGAAAAUAAGAUGAGGAUAGAGAAGUGUUGGUUUUGUUCCUCCACUAUCUAUCCAGGGCACGGUAUUCAGUUUGUCCGCAAUGAUGCAAAGAUAUUUCGCUUUUGUAGAUCCAAGUGCCACAAGAAUUUCAAGAUGAAGAGGAAUCCUCGCAAGGUGAAAUGGACUAAGGCCUAUAGGCGGUUACAUGGAAAGGACAUGACGCAGGAUUCUACCUUUGAGUUUGAGAGGAAGCGGAAUAGGCCAGAGAGAUAUGACAGGAAUGUUACGGAAAACACACUGAAGGCCAUUAAGACGAUUGAUAAAGUCAGAUCUAGGAGGGAGGCUAAACAUAUUGAGAGGAGAAAGAAGGGAAAGAAGGCCCAGCAAAUGAGAGAGGCAGUAAAGGAGCUGGAGCAGAGCAUCAGCUUGGUCAAAGCCCCAUCUGUUCUCAAGGAGGACCCAUCUCUCACUCUUCCGAAGAUCAAGGUCAAGGUGUCCCAACCACUGGCAGAGAACCAACCUAUGGAAGAAUGACUCCAUUGAUCUUUUUGCUGCCUGCCAAAAGGUUGUACCUGCUAUUCAAAAUAUUUGUAUUGUGCUUUUAUUUGUUGUUUGUGCGCAUAGGAAGUACUCCUCUCCCCAUCCGAUAUUGUAGAUCUUUUUGAGGAUUUUGUUUCAUUGAAAAGAACCAAAAAAAAAAAAAAAAACUUAGGUUUUAUUUGAAA